AUGUGCGGGAUUUGGGCUACAUUCGGCAUCAAUGGAGUUGCAAACUUCAAGUGCGUUGAAUGUUUGUUUAAAAUCGUUCAUCGCGGACCUGAUGCUUGGCGAAUCGAACAAGAUGCCAGAGAACCAAAUAUAAUUCUCGGCUUCCAAAGACUUGCGAUCGUUGAUGGCCUUUAUGGAAUGCAGCCAAUGCGGCUGCAUCAGUACCCUCGAAUAUCACUCAUAUGCAAUGGAGAAAUAUACAACUAUAGGCGACUAAAGGAAGAACACAACUUCUCAUAUGAAACUAACUGUGAUGUUGAAGCCAUUAUUCAUCUUUAUCAGCAAUUCGGUAUCGCCCAGGCCGUAAAAUCUCUUGAUGGAGUGUUCGCGUUUUGUUUGGUAGACGGCGAAAAAAGGAAAGUGUAUAUCGCUAGAGAUCCAUAUGGAGUAAGGCCACUGUUUAAAUUGCAUGACAAAAUAAAUUCAUUUAUGGCGAUUUGUUCGGAAGCGAAAGGCUUAGUAGACCUACGAAAAAUAAGCGAUGAAACAGCAUCAUUAGGACAAUUUCCGCCAGGAUACUUCGAAGUAUAUGAUAUAUUGGACGAAGGAAAAGUUAAACUUAACGUUACAGAGCAAUAUUAUAAACCUGGUUCUGCUCCAUUCUUUAUGCCAUACGUUCCGAAAGAUCAGCUUGCAAAACUUGAUGAUUACGAAAAAACUGCACAUUUAUUAGAGGCUGCUUGUAGAAAGAGACUUAUGUCAGAUAGACGAAUAGGUUGCCUUCUGAGCGGUGGUUUGGAUUCAUCCCUUAUAACAGCCCUGGUUAUGAAGCUAGCAAAGGAAUGUAAAUUACCAUACAAAAUUCAAACCUUUGCUAUAGGUAUGGGGAAUUCUCCGGACUUGGUAGCAGCACGAAAAGUAGCGGAAUACCUCGGAACUGAACAUCAUGAAGUCAUUUUUGAUGAGAACGACGUCGAAAAAGAACUGGAUAAUGUUAUAUAUCACUUAGAAAGCUACGACAUUACAACCAUUAGGGCCAGUAUGCCGAUGUACCUACUUGCUAAGUACAUAAAGAAUAAUACAAACACCACCGUUGUAUUUAGCGGUGAAGGUGCAGAUGAACUAGCGCAAGGAUAUAUUUACUUCCGAGAUGCACCAGAUUCGAGCCUCGCUCACGAAGAAAGCAUCCGCUUAUUAUCAGAUAUUUAUUUGUAUGAUGGGCUGCGAGCAGAUCGGACAACGAGUGCGUUUUGCUUGGAACUAAGAGUGCCAUUUUUGGACAUACAAUUUACUAACCACUAUCUUAAUUUAGAUCCUGAAUUGAGAAGACCGCAAAAUGGCGUUGAAAAGUAUUUUCUGCGUAAAAGUUUUGCAAAUAGCGGACUUUUACCUGAUUCGAUUUUGUGGAGACACAAAGAGGCAUUUAGUGACGGAGUGGCUUCCGUGAAGAAAUCAUUAUUCACAACCAUUCAAGAGAUAAUAGAAGAACGUUUACCGAAAAACGCCAACUUCAAGUACCCAGGUGUACAACCAACUACUUCGGAGUCUCUUUACUACCGAUACAUUUUUGAAAAGACUUUCUCCGGUUUACAUAACUUCACGCCCUAUUAUUGGAUGCCCAAGUGGGUACAAGUAUCAGACCCUUCAGCCAGAUUCAUUAAACAUUACGCUGCCAAAGAAUAA